AUGGAAAAAGUACAGGGUAGGCCAUGUCGCCAACCUAAGCUAGGUACCGAUGCGAGCCGCGCCGCCCCUGGCGUCGUCACAGCAAAAAGAAGUCAGUCCCAUCCGUGCUUAGGUUGUUUCCAGGGCAGCUCCCACGAAACCGACGCUGAUGCUGACGAGGCUACAGCUUGGCCAGCAACAACCCAAUCACGAGCACCAACACACGACUUUGCACUUAAUCCGCUCCACAGUCACCACAAGGCUUUAGCAUUUGCGCGUCUCAGCAAGUCAACCAACGGCAAAACUCCAGACACAUUCAAUUGUAAUACUAGUCGCUAUUAUUUUUACUUUAUCAGCCGAAAACAUUGA